AUGUCUCUGCAACUCCUCCUCAUCACUGGUGUCUCCGGCCAUCGCAAGCCCGGGCAGAUCAAGGCCCCCGAGUCUAUCAAGCCAUAUCUGGCGCAGUUCGAAUUCACAGUGGUUCCGGAUCUACUCGACCCUGGCGCUUUCGAUGGUGUCAUUGACGGGGCGGACGGCGUCGUCCACGUCGCCUCUCCCCUUCCCUACCCAUGCAGGCGCGACCUGAUCGACCCGGCAGUCAAUGCCACAAUUGGCGUGGUCAAGUCGGAGGGUCCGUUCCCGAACGCCAUGGCCGCCUACGGUGUGUCCAAGGCAGCUGCUCAUGCCGCCACGGCCUCAGUCCACGUCAACGACGUUGCCAGGGCUUACAUCGACGCACUGAACCCUGCCUUCAAGGGCAACCGCCACUAUCUCGUCUCUUCGGGCGGUCUGGACGGCACCACGUGGUAG